UGGACUGUAUGGCUAAUGUAUAAUACUCCUCAAUUAUGUGGUGGUUGAUUUUCCAGAGGACUAGAAUGUUGCAGGGUUGGCCUUUGUCCUAAACCGUUUCUAGGUAUGGACUUGCCAGACGAGAGCCAGUGGGAUGAAACCACCUGUGGCUCGGCUGUUUGUCAGCAUCCACAAUGCUGGGCAACUAUCCGCCGCAUCGAGAGGGGCCAUCCUCGGAUCCUCAGCUCACCUUGCAAAACUCCCCCGGAUGCUGAAGAUAAACUCCCAGUGCUCACCGUGGUAAACAUCCCAGAUUCCUGCUUUGCACCUCGUCAUUUGCCAGAAUGUACCUUUACUAAGACCCGUACUUUAUUGUCUCAGAGUUCAAAAUUUUACUCCAAAUUUCAAGGCAGGCCUCCGAGGGGUUUACCUGACAAAAGUUUGAUCAGCUGUGCUAAUAGACUUCUCAAACUGCCAGUGUUGAAUUUAAAUGAGACGCAGCUUCCCUGUCCUGAAAGAAAUAUGGUUGUACUGUGGAUCCCAGAAGAAACAGAGAUAGAUGUGAGCCACCAUGGGAAGAAGAAAAAGAACUUGGCAGUGAAAAGCAAGUCAUUUCUGGGUCUCUCUGGAAAUCAGUCCACAGAAUCACGAGUAGGAACUCCAGAGAUGAUUGUGCCUCCCCCGACCCCAGUGCAAUUGUCUGAAAACUUCAGAUCAGAUUUCCUACCUCUCUGGGCCCAAUCUGAAGCAUUACCUCAGGAUCUACUGAAGGAACUUUUCCCAGGUAGAAAGCAAACCAUGCCCUGUCCAGAGAUGAAGAUACAGUUGGCCAUGAUGAGAAAGAAUCUUCCCUUGAAAAUGAACCGACCUGACAGUGCAAUUUCUUCUAAGAUGUUUCUGUCUAUACAUCGCCUCACCCUGGAAAGACCAGCACUGCGAUAUCCUGAACGUCUGAAGAAAUUACAUAACCUGAAGACAGAAGGUUACGGGAAACAGCAGCAGUGGCAGCGGCGGCACCAGCAACAGAGGAGGGUGAAAACACCUACUAAGAAACAGGAGGCUAAAGUGAAAGCCAAGGGUGAUCCAGGGAGCCAGAGCACGUCACGUAAACAUCCAGUUACCACUGUUCAUGACCGUCUCUAUGAUUACAGAACUCUGCCAGGUCGGAACAGUGACAUGAAGCAGCGGCAGCUGAUGGAGACAGAAGAAACCACCUCAAAACAGGUCCUGAAUUGUAUGAAACAGAACCGACUAACAAGGACAUUAGUGCGCUGGUGGAAGCUGUGUCAGAAGCUCAGGCUGUCAGCCAAAAGAAGGUCUCCUUGAGCUUUUCAGAAAGUAUGGCUAGAACAAGCUGGAACUCUGAGCUCAAACUACUGAGGAUUCUUCAGGACACUGAUGAUGAGGAUGAGGAGAGCCAGUCCUCUGGGACAGAGUGAGAAGCCUCUGGAGAAGUAGACUGAAGGCAUCCCCCGGGCAGCUGUGUUCCAGAGUGGGACGGCUGGUAUCCUGAGGACAGCAGCGUUUCAGAUAAGGGCGAGAAGAGAGAGGACUUCUGCUCUCUGGAGCCUUUACCAGGGCCUGAGCUCUGAGCUUAGGGAUUCAGUUUUCUUUGUUCACCUCUACUUUCCUCUAAAAUAAAUGUAGGAGAAAAAGCCCUACUCCUUUUACAUUUAGAUUAUUUCUCUUCCAUUAGGGUCAGGAUAAUUUUGUGAUUAAACACAACUGCUUCUCA